AUGGCCUUUUUGGCCGUUGAAAUUUCAUGUGUACCAGAGAGGGAAGAAAGAAAAAAUCUCACUGGGCAUGACGAGUGUUCAGCACCGAGAGCGAGGGUAAAGAUAAUUAAAAAUCCGGGCACGCUAGCACUGCGAAUUUGCCGAUUGGCACGUAGCUCUCCACAUGUCGCCUUAUGUUAUCACACUGCUGCCACAACAAAAACAACACUCUGCUUUUCCACUGAAUUACAUUUGAUCAGUUCCCACGACGUAUUUGAAGAAUAUAAACACAAACAGGUUCAAGCAGCGCAUGGUGGAUCCAGAUUCCAGAAAAUCUCUGAAUUCGAAUGUGCGGCGAAAAACCGCCGCAAUGUGCGGCAAUUGGUGCGGCGGGAAUUUCCGCCCAGCCUGUCACGGGCCUUCAAUUUCACUGUUUACCCCAGCUCGCCAUCCCCGCCAACAUCGUCGCAGAGCAGAGCCUUCGUGGAUGAUGGCAAGCCCCAUAACACACUGGCAGCACACGCGAAAUCAGAUACUGGACAUUCACAAUGUUUGCUUCUUAUGACCCCGCUAAUCGAGGAGCUACCCAGCUCUUCCGACCCUUAA